GUAAAUCUUGAAAAACGGAGGCAGUACUCCACAGCUAGUUUUACGUAUUCCCUUUGGUUUCCUCUGGUUAAUGAAGCAUUGUUAUUUCAAGGAACAUCUCCCCAACUAUCUACUCAUUCCAUUCUUUACUUUGACUCGUUGAAUUCUCCAUUUUAUCCUCAAAUUCCAAUCAAAACAAAAAUGGUUGCUCUUCCAACAAUCGCAAGAUCAAUCAAUCAACAAUGUCGUCGAUUUUCGAAUCCAUCAAUUUUACGUCGUCAAUGGCAGUUUCUCAGCUUCCGUUGUCUCUUACUUGACUCCGUCUCUGAUUCCGUCAAGCUCCGACGACUCUCCGAUUCCGAUUCCGGGAUUGUUGAGCUUACCUUAGAUAGACCAGGAUCAAAAAAUGCCAUUGGGAAGGAUAUGCUUACUGGCUUAGAACAUAGUCUAGAAACUAUAAGCAGAGACUUCUCUUCCAAAGUCAUGAUGAUUUGCAGUUCAGUUCCUAAAGUCUUUUGUGCUGGUGCCGAUUUGAAGGAACGAAGAGCAAUGUCACCAAUUGAGGUCCAAACCUUUGUAAAUACUCUUCGAUCUACGUUUUCACUGUUGGAGGCACUUAAUAUUCCCACUAUUGCUGUCAUGGAAGGAGUAGCUCUAGGUGGAGGACUGGAAAUGGCCUUGUCGUGCGAUCUCCGGAUAUGUGGUGAAGAUACUGUAAUGGGAUUGCCAGAGACUGGACUUGCUAUAAUUCCUGGAGCAGGUGGCACUCAGCGGCUUGCUAGAUUGGUAGGAAAAUCUGGAGCUAAGGAACUUAUAUUUACUGGCCGUAAAAUUUCUGGCACAGAGGCAUUAUCUAUGGGUCUCGUGAACUACUGUGUCUCUCCUGGUUCAGCUUAUUCCAAGGGUCUUGAAAUUGCACGGGAGAUAAAUCAGAAGGGUCCAGUGUCUGUGAGAAUGGCAAAACGAGCUAUUAAUGAAGGACUUGAUAUGGAUAUGACAUCGGCUUUAAGAUUGGAAGAAGAGUGCUAUCAGAAAGUUUUAAAUACUAAAGAUCGAUUAGAAGGCUUAGCAGCAUUUGCUGAGAAGCGAAAGCCUAGAUACACAGGCGAAUGAUUAUUGGUAAAUUCAGUGAGCCGCUUCUGUUGUAAUUUUUAAUUCUGUUCUGUUUGAUGUUCUGGUUUCUUCCGCAGUUGAAGCAUAUUUGUACAUGCCAUGCCCCUUUUCCUCCAAUGUACACUACUGUAAAUAACUAAAUAAUUCUAUAGAUGCGUGUAGGUUCUCUUCAA